GCCGGCGGCGGCAGAGCCCUGGGAUCCCAUCCCGAGCCAUUGGUGCCCUGGGAACGCAGCAGGGCAGCCAGCAGCGAGCUUUCAGGUGGCAGCAGGAGGAUGAAAACAGAGCUAGUUGCUCCCCGAGGGUGCUGUGGGGCUGUGCCGUAGUAAGUGGCCAUUUUUGUUAAUGAAGCUGUAGGGCAGAGAGAAGCCCCGUGGAAAGUCUGGCGACUCAGACACGACUGUGAAAUUAACUCUGCGAGCCCUAGAUUAGUGUAAAUGCUUUUGUAUUCAAAAAGUUGGUUUUAACCUUUUGUUAUCUGAAAUUCUGACAUGGCAGGGGACUGAGAGCGCCCCCAAUUCUGGGAGAAAUUCACACCCUGCUGUAAUUCUCUCUCCAGUCCAAAUUGAAAAUAGAUGUGGAAAGGCAGAAGGUGAGCCAAUUUGGGUUUCAAGAUGUGCUUCCCUUUUAAUAAUUCAUGCAGGCACCAUCGUUCUGGACAGGUUUGUUUCCUAAAUGCAGAACAAGCUUCUCUAAUCCAUUUAAGUACUCUUACCUCAUGCAAAAAUCAAGAAUGAGAGGCUGUGCCUAUCACUCCAGGCGUAUGUGUAUGGCACCUAAGAUUGAUGUAAACUACUUUAUUUUUUUUUUUAAACCGAGUGCUUGCAAAAUGCUGGGGGGGCAUGAGGAGGGGUGCUGCAGUUACCCUGUCCUUCUCCUCAGUGCCACGGCAAGGAUGCCAAGUGCAGCACUGGAGCUUCACCAUGGAGGCUGUUUUAUUUGACGAAAUUCAGAGAAUGUAGGUUACCUUUACAUUUAUUCCAGUGCACGAAGGCCUUUCUGCUGCUCUCUGGUGCAAACUGGCCAGAAAGCUGAAAAACUGAAGGUACAGAGUGAUGCUGGUGCCACAGAAAUUAGCGAAUAACAACUCCUUUGCAUUUCCCUCCUCCUUUCCUGAGCAAAAGGCUGAUGUACUGCAGCAUCACAGAACUCUGCCUCUCUGAAAGUGGAAGGACAGAGCCAGUGGGGAGCAGCAACGCUUGUCAUUUCAGAUGAUCAGGUAUUUUCUGUCUCCGUGUGUGCUUGAGGAAAACAACAGAACAGAAAAGAUGGUGGCACAGAAAUACCAUCCUGAAGAUAAAUGUGUUGGUGCCUUCUGGAUUCAGCCUGCCUCUGAAACACAGUCACUGGCCUUUCCCUCACCCUAUUCCUGGAGUUUGAGCACAUCUCUUGCUGUGCAGCUUCAUGAAUUUUUAAGUCUCUGAGAGUGAAGACAUCUCUUCUGCUUUGUAUGUGAAACACUGUGUGCUGGUGGGACUAGCCACCUAGUAAGAAUGGCCCACAUGAACUCUUUUAGGAGACUGCCAUUAUUUUCAAAUGCAAAUUUGAAUACUGAGGAGAAUUUUCACUUAAGAAGAGGUAUAGAAUGCUGAAUUACUUUGGCACUUUUGAAAAAACAGCUAGCAUUUUCAGCUAGGUUCAUGUCAUGAGAGCAGAAUGCAAUUAGCAUGGUUAGGAUUUUUGAUCACUCCAUUUGCUACUCUACUUAAUGUAACUGGCCUCGCAGACCACUGAAAAUGCAGUCAGCCUUUGUGACCAGAGCAUUUAUUGCUCCCUAAGGAGUAAAGCCUGGUCCUGUUAAUGUUGGCCUCAGCAGAGAAAGGUCUGGCCAGUUAUCGAACCCUCAAAUUUUUGCUUUGUGUUUGGAAUUGAUGUCUUCCCCACAGCUGCCUGUAGUGGCACUGGGGAUAGAGGGAUGUUUGUACUUAUUUCUUCUUUUAACUCUUUACACAGUCUCUGCCCCUUGCUCAAGAGCCUAGCCCAAGCCCUUCUCAACUGACUUCCACGUGAGGACUCUUAGUGACGAAUUCGGAGAUUAGAAGGAGUGACAUCUUGUAAGAGAAAACCUGUAAUGUUGCUGUUUUCCUAACAGUGUUAGCACUGGACUGGUUCCCCAGGUGCCUUGGGGGUGCAGGCGAUGGGGACAGGCUGAUGGGUGAGCACAGAGACUCUGCUCUGCUUCAGAGUUUGUUGAUAUGCAGGAGAAUAUAGAGCUGGGAUUUCCCUUUUUGCUUCAAGGGUAAACUUUAUGAGUGCUUAUGGAGCUUUCUGUAGCUUUGAGAGUGAUUUUGUACUACAGGGUCCGCUGGGAACGCAUGAAGUAAGAUGACAGAAAACACUCUUUUGAAAGCUUAAUCAAGAGAGAGUUUAGAUGCUUUUUUUUUCCUAUGGAAAUGGUCAGAGAUUAAAAUAUUAUUUUUAAAUGUAAGUUGGCAUUGGCUGAAAUGUAAAAUAAACUUUUCACUGACUCAGACUGUAUUGAUGUGAGCUAUCAGUACAACCACGUUACCUGUGUAUUGCUGUUUUUUUUGUUCUUGUUUUUGUAAACUUUUGUCAGCCCGCUUGAAUCUUGUCCUGGGCUGAAGCAGAAAAAAUUUGCCUUUACUUUGUGCUGACAGAGUGCCUUGCAAAGUGAUGCUCGAUCCCUGAGUGAAGCCCCCAGCACUGCCGGCACUGUGAGCCCUGCCAUUCUCGCUUCCAUAUAUGUGUGUCACAGUGUAGCAUUCCCUGGGCUUCUGUGGGAUGCAAAUACAGUCCGGUGGGGACGUUGGGGUUAGUGGCAUCCUGGCCAGCAGUGAUGUGGGUGGCAACAUGGCUGUGCUUGCACCUGGGCUAAUUCAAGGAAGAAGCUCUAUCAUGUCAUUAAGAUUGGAAAAGACCUUUAAGAUCACCUAGUUCGACCCCAACCCAUCCCUACCGUGCCCACUAACCACAUCGCUCAGUGCCGUAUCUACAUGUUUCUUGAAUGCCUCCAGGUAUGGAGACUCCACCACCUCCCUGGGCAGCCUGUGCCACUGCCUGACCACUCUUUCUGAGAAAAAAAUUUCCUAAUGUCCAAUCCGAACCUCCCCUGCUGCAACUUAUUACUUCUAGUCCUAAGGGGCAAAGCCAAAGUAGCAGUGUGUACUGCUUUCCUAUCCAAAGUAGCAAUUGCACAUGAUGGCAACUUUCUUUGUGCCCUUUGUGCUGUGUUCCAUUACACAUCUUCAGCUGCAAGCCUUAUUGACUCUUGUGGGGGCAACAGUCUUACCUUUGAUUGCCACGAGGCUUACUUGUGUUAAUUAUGGACUCGGGAGCAGGUGGAAAUGCUCCAAAAGUAACAUGACCUGAUCUGCCACGGUAAGUGGCCAGGAUGUUGCGGGGGAGACAUGCCAUGAGGUGAUGAAAUGAUGGGCAGAUCUUGUAUCUGCCAAGCAACCUUUGACCCUGUGUAGGGAGAGUGGUUAUUUGGAGUGGUGAAGAAGAGGAGUUUGACCUUGUGCCAGAGAUCCUGGGACUUUGCAGAGGGCGUACAGUAGUUUGUGCAAUGUGCAGCAUGCAGGGGAGUGAUGAUCAGUACAUCCACCCCUGAGCGUGGGGGAACUUGGCUUCAAACUGAACGUAGCCAUAGCCCAAACCCACAUAGCCCAUAGUACAAACCCACAUCCAUCAUCCAGGAGUAGUACUUCAGAAUGUGCUCAAGUCCCAUGGUUUCAGUGAAAGUUGGGGGCUUAUGUUGUCUCUGAAAAUUGCUCCUUGUGUCUCAGUUUCUUAGCUGGAAAAUAUGAAGCAAAUACUUUCUGAGGUAUUACUGUUUGUUUUAACCGUGUCACAGAGGUUAUUCUGAGAUGGUAAGACCUAUAUGAGUAGUUGUGUUACAAGAAUUCAGAAAACAUAGCUUUUAUGCUAAUACUGUGCAACUUUACAUUUGUGUAGCACUGAAGGAAACUUAAUUCUUGGCAAGGCUGUGGGACACAGUCUGUCUCCUUGAUUGUGGUAACUGGAGAGUAAGAAGCUGCUCUAAUACUGGAGAGAAGGCAGUUUAUUUUUGUUAUCAUGGGAUUAAACUGCAAAAGUCCGGGCCGUUUGUAAUUGCAAAUUUAUGGAAGGACUUGUCCUUCAGGUAGUCCAAUAAAGCUUCAGACAUCUUCUGAUGAUAACUUUUGAGUAGAAAUUUUAAAGCUUACUGGUAAUUAGUUCCAGCAUACGAAGCUUGGAAAUUGAGUGAAAAAUAAGUUGAUCAUCAUCCACAAUCAUGAACUCCUCAAUUUGAAUGCACCGAUUCUGGCACCUGAUGAAUUCACUUACUUCUGGACAUGAAAUUUAUGGUCAGUCCAGAGUGUUAUUAAGGAUGAAUAUCUACCCUGUACGUCUUGAGCUGUCAGUGAUAUAAACACACCUAGAAAGAGCAAUCCCAGGGAUUGCCAAGUAACAUCUUCAGAGGAAGAAACAGCGGGCCAAGUUCGUCUCAGUAAGAACACCAACAUGGUGUUAGUGAGGAGUCUGAUCCUCUGACUAAUAAAGUUGUCUGGUUUUCUUUUUUCUUUUACAUUUAGAACUGUUAAGAGGUACUUAAGAUGGUAGUAAAUUCCCCUAAGUAUAAACAAAAGCAGGAUGCUGAAGUUGUUGCACUGUCCUGUUCAGGUAGUGGUUUUAUUAAGAGAUCUUUACAAAGUCUGGCUUUCCUCUUAUUUUAGCUUUAAUAGGGAAUUUUCCCAGUUCUCCUGUGCAUCUGCUGAAUUCAGGACUUCUGUAAACAGUGAUGGGAGUGUUGUGGUUUCAGACAUACAAUGUACCCAGGCAGCUGAAAGCCUUGGGUUUUCUUCCUUUCUUGCACUCCCAGGAGAGGCUGGUUUUCCAUCUCUUUUUUCACGUCUCUGCAGAUCACAAUUAAGGGAAGUGUUUGUUUGUAACUAAGAACUUUUUGGACAGCUUAGGUUUAGAUCCCUUGCUUGCUUGUGGUUUCUUCAUCAUCCUUGGUUGACAGCUGGGGAUUUCAUUGUGUUUCCUAGGUAGAAGCUGAAAUCACAGAGUUGCAUUAAGUGAACGCUGACUGAGUACACAACAUUGAUUGUGGACCCAUGAUGAAACAGGUUAUUCAAGAGACAAAAGUGUUUUGAGAUGGAGAGUGUUUUCAUUAUUUUGUGAGGGCACUGCCCCGUUACGUUUUUGCGUAAGACUCUGCUGUUGGCUGCUGUCUGAAACAAGAUACUGACUGACCUUGUUCAACUUUUCACCUCACUUAGUCACUCCUGUGUGCUUAAAUAGAGUUUUUUGGUCUUACAGCUGAUGAAGAAAGUACUAUUUUUGGUACCACUCACACCAGAACAAUCCGGUAGUGACCUUCUGUUUUGCAAUGGCUCUGUGUACACAGAGCGCCACUUUGGCUUUUUACGUCAUUAUUUGUUGUUUCAGAACUCUGUAAAUACUUUGGAGUUAAAUCCAUUAUCUUUAAAUCUUGGAUUGGCAAUUCAUGCCAAUCAUCCUGCCUUCAUACCACAGCAUUUCUGUGGGUCUGAUACCACACAGUUACCACAUGGGCACUGCCCGUGUAUGUUGCCUUCUGAUGUAGUUGCAUGGUCCUUGAUUUCUGAAAUAGAGCAAUAACAAAAGAAGGCUGCUGGUUUGUAGCUUUGCUCAGCCUGUGUCAUAUCUCAUUAUGAAAGGUGCCUCUCUUCUGAAAAGCACAUUGUGGCAACUAGCUGGGAAAAUCCUGGAUAAAAUCUAUAGUAAAUUCUCCGCUGACUUCAAUAUGGGAGAGAAAGUUUCUAAACUUGUAUGUAGAUGUUAGAUAUGUAUGUAUGUUAGAUAAAUGUAAUGUAGCAUCUGGGAUGUAAAAUAUUUUGAAAUGGUCAUUACUGUAAGUGGAAUAAUUGGAAAAGAUGCAAGAAGAUGAAUAGAAAGGAGAUUGUGUCUACAUGUAGGAAAAAUACACACCAGACUGAUAAAAUGGGCAAUCCAGGCAGAAGUAGUAAUUAUAAGAGCUAACACUGGUGAGCGAGCAGUGCUCUUCCCUCUGUUUUUUCUAGUUGUAUGCCCUGAUUGAAAAGAAAAAUGGACUAGAUUAAGAAAACAUCUACUGUAUAUCAACAUUAAAGCUGGGAGCACAGAUUUCAACCUCAGGUUUUCCAAAUUCUCUUCUUGCCUUAGCAGUCCCCAUGACUUCAGCAGCUUUGACAUCAUGAGGCAUAUUCCCUGGUGGAAGGCCAAUGGCUCCAGGGUAGACCUGCAAGGUAUGUAAGAUCCUGAGGGUGGUCCUUGGAUUUCUGAACUUUUAUGAGUAAGGUGAGCAGUUUUGAACUACAUCAAUUUAAAUGGUAUAUGUGAUCGAGGGAGCCUCUUGACAGACCACAAGUAUUUUGCUACGCUUUCCUUUUACAAUUUUCUGCAGGCUUUUGUCGUGACAGGCCAUCUCCUGAUGACCUUAUUAGUUACAAUCCAAAUUUAUUGCUGGCGAACAGUAGGUCCAGUUCCAUUAAACUAGAUCAUGUUGCAUCUGCUUAAAGGGGACGUGAGCUAGGCUUCAGACAUCUUUAGUCAGUUUUUCUUGCUUGAAUUUUCAAGAAUGAGUUGUGGUGGAAUUUCAAGAAGCUCAUGUGUUCUUACAAUAGAGACACUUGUGUUCAUUGUAUUACUGUGCAGACGUACUGUUUUCUAGUAUCCUUUUGCCCUUCUCUAAGGUCUAGACAGAGUAUUUACAGUCAUGUGCUAGGUGAGUUAUAUGCUUUAAUGACAGAAAGCUAGGUAGCAUCUCUAAUGGUAGUAGAUAUGCCUUGCAAGUAGUGGUUCUGCACUGCUACUGGGGCUGCUCUGAGAGCUACUCAAAGUCACUGUGGCUGAAAAUCUCAACCAGGCUAGCUUGACUACUUCACUGACUUUCACCUGAGGUCUCUUCUCAGCUGCAGAGUCCUGUAUGACAUUAAAAGAAAGUAAGAUUUUCAUUUCCAGCAAUUUUGACAGCCUCCCUUAAUGCACACAGUAGACUGAAGCACAUCAGGUAUAAGCUUCAUACCAACAUGUGUUUCCCUUAACCCUGUCCCUUGAAUAUCAACCAGCCUGUGGGGCAACAUGGCAGCCUCCCUGUUGCUCCUUGCUCAUGGGGGUGAUGUCAAAAUGAGUUGGCCUGCCAGUGUUCACGGGAUCUGGAGUACGCAACCACAGCAGCAGUCAGAUGGCCAAGGCCAACUGACAUGGCUUCGCCUGGGGCCAUGACCUCCUGUGGAGACUCAGAACGGCCUGAUGAAGGCAGUAAACUGUCUGACUGCUCCAGCUGGCUUUUCUGGAAGCUAUCUGUGUGACUUUCCCAAAAGCAGCCCCACAGGAGAUGGAGAUGAUGUGUCCGCUGGUACUUAGUGCCCAUGGAAGCACAUGUGUUUUGUGGCUCACAUACUCUGAGCAGUCUUCUUCUGGCUGCCUGAGUGGGCACAAAAGCUGUAAGUUGUGAAUGACUCCAACCCCUGGCCCCACACAGGCCCACUCAAAAUCCAAACCCUAUGUCUGAUAGCAUUGUCCAAAGGCUCCUUGAACUCUGGCAACUCAGGGCCACGCCCACUGCCCUGGGCAGCCUGUUCCAUGCCCACUGCCCUCUGAUGCAGAACCUUCCCCUAACCCCCACCUGACCCUCCCCUGACACAGCUCUGUGCCAUUCCCUCAGGCCCCGUCACUGUCCCCAGAGAGCAGAGCAUCCUCUGAGGAGCUGCAGCCGCCAUGAGGCCUCCCCUCAGCGUCCUCUGCUCUGCGCUGAGCAAAGCCAGGGAUGUCAGCUGCUCCUUGUAUGUCUUGCCCUAAGAGGGGUAAGGCACCCUUUUGGAGAACUGCAGGCUUUCAAAGACCCUCACUAUGAAAACUGAUGUUUGGGAUUCAUUCCAUUCUGCGGGAUUACAUACGGUGGCUGUGAUGUUAGACAUAGCUUUGUUCCGAUGGUGAUAUGAGUGCUGCUAAGUUGAGCUCAGCUGCCACUCCUUGGGCUUCUUGCAGGACUGCCAUAGAGAGGAGGGACAACACGUGAAGGAAGUGCAUAUGUAGUAAAUGGGGUUAUGUGGUGGAUCAGGGGCCUGUUUCCCAGAGAUGCUGGCUAGUGAUGGCUUUUACAUGCCAUAUCAGAAAAAUGGGCAACUGGCAAUAAGUUUGCUGGUGGCUCGAAACCCAGUGAGUUUCGUAAGACUUCCUGGCCCUGUCUCUUGCUGCCUCGUCCUACUCACCACUUUCUGUAGCCGCAGCCAGCAAGUGCGGUGCAGCCGUGUGUGAUUCCCUGGCCAAAGGCAGAAGGUCAGUGACUUGGUUUGCAGAGCUCGUGGGAGGAUGAGCCAGGACACGGGCUAAUUUGUAAACAGGUUCAGUGGAGUGUUUUCUGGCCUACAGUGCCAACGGGCUAAUUCUGAGACCAGGCGGUCUUUGCAGUGACAAGUGACUAGAUCUCUACCAUCACUCUUCUGUCUCUAAACAUGGAAUAGAUUUCUUUUUUUCUACACAAGGGGAGAAAUGGAAGAAAUCUGCAGCAAAACCUUCCCCAGAGCUACCUGAAAAUGCAUUGCCCUCCUUGCAAGUGGAGCCCUUUGUACAGUGAUGGUGUGUCACUGGGUUGAUACAGCUUCCCAUCUGACUUUGCCUGCAGUGCUUCCAGCAAGGCUGCCCACAUCUGCUGACUCAUGCUUAUGCUGCCUUUUUCCCUUGUGUUUCCUGUUGUGUUGACUUUUAGCUCUGCUCCCAGGGCUGUGCCUCAGACAUUCUAUGAUCAGAGUGCACGCAUUUGCCUGCGAUUGUGGUGGGAGAUAUCUACAUUUUGUGACAAAUGCUAACAUUGCUCACAUACAAGUGAGCAACAGCAAUCAAAUAAAGGGGAUGAAGGGCCUCCUUGGGAGAGGCUGCUGUGCCUCUGUCCCUUGCUGCAGCGCUGUCCCCAUGUGAAAGCGCUUCCAAGCUGUGCAGUGCAGGAUCUUGCUGUGGGUGUGGCAUUAGGAGCGUGGAGGAACUUUAGGGCUGCUGGAGUCCCGCUGGUCUGCUUCUGCCAUCUCUGCAUAGGGAAUCAAAGCCUGGCAGGAUGCUUCCAGAUGAGGUUCACCCAGCUCCUCUUCCUUGGUGACCUGCUCCUUUUCAGCCCCGCUUGUUUUCCCACUUUGAUCUUCCACCCAGAGCAACUGAGUGACUGGUUCUCUUGCCACUUGAAAGGAUGACUGCUCUUGAUGUACAGUGCUUAGGUGUAUCUGGAAGUACAGCUCGUUUCCUGCUUAUCUGCUCAAAUACCAUCAGUACGAGCCUUAAGGAACACUCCCUAAAAUCUUUGAGGAUCCAAGUUGGUAUGCAAAGACAAUUCUUUUCACUUCACAGUUAAGGCUCCUGAAUCUUAUCUGUGGGUAUCCCAGCUGGUUGUGUCUGUUUGUUUUCUCAAUCUCUUCUGAUCAAGUCACCGUUCAUUUUUCUUAGCCACCUGUAGAUUUUAGGGCCUGCUUGCCUAAGGCUGAUUUGAAGCCUGUCUCACGAAGCUGCCCUCACAUAAUGCUCUUUCCUCUCUUUUUUUUUUUUUUUCUUUUGUUUAGAUGAUGUAUAGUGUUUUACCAGCAAUCCUCAUGCAAGGAAUGACAUUGCAUGGUCAAUUACCAGGAAGCUAAUUAGCAGACAGCUUCUUCCCUCAUGGAUCAAAGAGUGUUACAUACCCAUUCCCAGGAGCUUGUACCACACAGGAUAACCUCGUGGCAGCACUGCUGUAAAUGAAGCACACUUUUCCCAUUUGCCUUUUCCUGCUCAUCAGUUUGUGUCACAGCAGGAGUGGGCAGCCAGCAUUCCCCAGCAUCACCGAGUGUAAUUCAGCACUGAAGAUGCCUUUGAAAUCCUGUCUGUGUUGAAGCGAUGACCUCUACACGCCAGUUCUUUUUUAUUAUGCUAACCUGUAUUUAUGGUACUGCUUAUUGCAGGUGUGGGUAUUGCAGGUUUAGUCACACGGGGGACGUCUGGCAUUUGCAAAUGGAAAUUCAAGACUUGAAAGUCUUGGCAUUUUUUAUUUGAGAUUUCUGCAAGUGCCGGAGGGCAUAAAAUGCACAGCUUCUCUGGUGUUUUCUUCUGUUAAAUGUUCCUCCGUAGCAGCAAUGACUGUCGGCUUCUCAAACUGAGCACUGAAAGCCCUCCAGGCAUUCCAGUGACAAUACUAAGGACCUGGGACCAACUUUGCUCAUUUUUGUCACUGAUUCUGAAUAUGCGCUGUACCAAAUAUGUUUGCAAACAGUACAAGGAGGGCGUGUGUACUCUUUGCACUUACUUUUGCUGAUUCUCAAGAGCAGUGCCUGGCACUGUGGACCCAUUCAGUGAGGACUAAAUGAUGACCAGAGCAUGUCCUCCAUUAAAUUAGUCCUUCUCUACUUCAUCUUCCUCUGUUUUCAUGUUAUAUUUACUGGCAAAGAAAGUCUGGCAUCACCUAUUUGUAAAGGAUAAGUUUUAUAUUUGUUUUACCGUACCAAACAGAGACCAGCCCUGGAACAGACAAUAAUAUGAGAGCUUUAGAAAAGGUACCUCAUCUUUAUCAGUCGAUGGUAUUGCGUACUCUGAGUGGGUACUAUGAGUGGGCUUUGUCUUCAGCAUGGUGCUAUGUUCCAGGACAGGGUGAGCAGUGGCACUGCAGCAGGGGAUCUCUCCUCCACCCCAGGCAGCAGGAGUGCUUCCAGUGAUGUUUUGAUGUUCCCUUGUUCAGCCACACAGUGAGUUUGGGGAAUGAAUGGUUGCUUCAGUGCAGAUCUCAGGAGUGAAAAUGGGAACCAGGACGCCAUAUCCAUUCCCUUGCCCAAAUCAGGCCAUCCAGCUUUUCAUUUAAGAUACAAGGAAGUGAUUGUUACCUCCUGAAGAUGCUUGGGGCUGUGGGCAGAGACAGGGAAACAUCCAUAUAUUACUUCUCUCUUAGGCCAGAUUUUCCAGCUGUUUAUUUUACAAGUAUGUUGAGACAUCUUAAUGCAGUUAGCUGUUAUUAAGAUCAACAAGUUAAUUUUAAUGACUUUAAUAGACUUUAGUGUUCGUGUUUAAUCCACUACUGUUCACUAGCCUACAUUGUAUGUUGAUGCCUUUUAAAGCUUCAGACUUGGUAGCUCAUUGAAAGUAGCUCAAGUAUCAUGAAAGCUUGUUGAUAGUUAUUUUUCCCAUAUCCUUGGAUUAAUUUCUUUCUGCUAACCAAUGUAGACUUCAGCAGUGUAUUUGGUCUAAAAUUUAAAACCAUCUUCACAAGAUAGACUGAUAUAGUUGUAGAAGCAUCAGCAGCUGACUUUGGAAAGAGUGCCUGCAUCUGCCCAGCAGAGGUGUGGAGAGGAGGGGAACAGAUUUGGACUGAUUCAAAUGAGGCAUAAAACUGUGUUAGCCAAGGAGGUGUAAGAAGCUGUCCAACAGACCAUACAGCCUUGUUCACCGAGAUGAAACUGGGCUCUGGGUGUUUCCAUCCCACUUCAGGUUUCCAGGGAGAAACAUCCUGCCAGUUACAGCACAAGAAUAAGCAUCAACCACUGCUUUUUUCUGUUUCAUUUGAACUUCUAUUGACGUAAGAGUGCUUCUCCAGCAAUUCAAUUGUAAGUUCCAGAGUUUCUGAACUAUAUUAAAGUUUAAUCUGCCCUCUAGUAGCUGACAGUUUCUAUCCUGAUUUGCAGUGAUUAAAAAUGAAUCUAGCUUGGAUUUAGUGGUACUCCAGGAUAUGGACAUUUUGAUCUUGUAAGUCAGGUUUUAAAGUAAAUGUGCAUUGCAUAUACACCUGCUUUAUUUAAAAAAUAGAGACAGUGUAUCAGCUUUAAAGUUAAAAUUAUUCAUGAUUUCCUGGCUUAUUGAGAAUUGCUGCUGUAUCACUGGAGCUAAGCUAUCAGAGAGCAUCUUCCAGUUGACAGUUCAUCUCUUACAAGGAAUGCCUUUUAUGAUUGGUAUCAGAAACAUGUACAAAAGGAGCUUUUAUGUCUGCACCUGUGGCUGCCAUGUUUCUGACAUAGUGUUUGAGCUAGCAAACCCAGCCCUGCCACACUUGGCUGAGGCAAAGCUUCCCCUAAUGCCGUAGGACAAGUUUUCUUCUGUACCGUGAGCCAUAUAAUAGCGUGCUAAUUUUACAAUAGGGAUUCAAAUGCAUAUCUAGAUUUGAUUCUCUUAUGGAUGUAAUCCUCCUAUGAUUUUUCUAUAUAUUUUGUCAGGCUUUUCUGUCUCUAGUUCCACAUUAAAUGCCUGCUAACCUUCCUUGGAUCAGCUUUUGAUGUCUAAUAACUUGAGGUAAUGAGUACAAAUCCUGGGAUUUAUAUAUUUAACUGAUUUAUGAGUAAAUAUCUUUCAGACUUUGUUUAAAUCUCUGCUUGAGUUCAAAGAGGUGCUGAUGUAUUGCAGUCAUUUUGUCGUUACUUGCAUUGACAGAUUUUCUCCAUUGACUCUUCCCUGGACGUGACAAAUACUUUUGCACCAAAUGGAAGCACCACUUGGGAUACUUUCCAUCAGAUCGGUGGAGUUUUUACAGAAGUUGCACUAGACCUAUUCUUCUGCAGAUAUUAACACCAUUUAAUUUCUCUGCUAGUCAAGAAUAAUUCAGUAUGCCUCCAAAUUCCUCCUGGUGGUUUAUUAGUUCACAUUGGGCUACAAUAUUUUCUCUGCUUAAAUUCUGCAGCUAAAAUGUGCAUGACGAAACUCAUCUGGCUGAACCCGAAGUGUUUGAUUCCCAUUGUCACUGUUGCAUCUCUGUGACAUUCAUUGCUUGCUCUUUGCCUUUUUCAGGUUUUGAUUCAUUCAGCUUAAAAAGUCUUUUGAUUCUUCGUUUUUAAACAAAGCUGAUAAACACUUCUGUAAUGCGUCUAGUGCUUUGUGGAGAGAAGACUGAUGAAUCAGGACUAAGUUCUAAGCCAGGAAGAAAUCUUUUCUAUUUUCAGCACUGUACGCUGCCUUCAUAUUUGGUGGUCGGCACCUAAUGAAUAAACGAGCAAAAUUUGAACUGAGGAAACCACUAGUGCUCUGGUCCCUGAGCCUUGCUGUCUUCAGUAUAUUCGGUGCUGUUCGAACUGCUCCUUACAUGCUGUACAUUUUGAUGACCAAAGGCCUGAAGCAGUCAGUGUGUGACCAGAGUUUUUACAUUGGACCUGUCAGCAAAUUCUGGGCAUAUGCAUUUGUGCUAAGCAAAGCACCUGAACUAGGAGAUACAAUAUUCAUUAUUCUUAGGAAACAGAAGCUCAUCUUCUUACACUGGUACCACCACAUUACUGUGUUACUUUAUUCUUGGUAUUCCUACAAGGACAUGGUGGCUGGCGGUGGCUGGUUUAUGACCAUGAACUAUGGAGUGCACGCCGUUAUGUACUCUUACUAUGCCUUGCGGGCUGCUGGCUUCAGAGUCUCACGCAAGUUUGCCAUGUUCAUCACCUUGUCGCAGAUCACCCAGAUGUUGGUCGGCUGUGUAAUCAACUAUCUGGUCUUCUCCUGGAUGCAGCAUGGCCAGUGCCAUUCCCACGUGCAGAAUAUCAUCUGGUCCUCUCUCAUGUACCUCAGCUACUUUGUGCUCUUCUGCCAUUUUUUCUUUGAGGCCUAUAUCGGCAAAACCACAAAAGCAAGGAAGGUUGACUAGUGGUAAGAAUGAGACAGAAGCCAUAGCUCAGGGUCAUCAAGAAAAACAAAACUACAAGAAAAGAAAAUGGCACAAGGAAACACAUAUAUGUAUGGUGCAGCUAAAACUUGGCAGCUUAGGGAAAGUUAGCUUGGUUUAACCCAGUAAGUUUAUGAUCCUAUCAUGGUGAGGACUCACUGAAAUCUACUCUAACUCAAAGGACUGCUGACAAAAGACUCCUUCCUUCUUGUACCUGCCUGCUCCAGAAAAGAAAGGAGAAAAGGAGAAACAGAAAAAAAGUGAGAAGAAAAGAGAAGAAAAGCAGAAAGGAAUAAUAUUGAGAGGAAAAAAUAUAGUACAUUAAAUAAACUGUGUUUCCCUGGGAUGGAAAAAAAAUUUAUUGUGAAAAAAAGUUUCUAAAUUCUUUCUAAUAGUUUUUCAGCAUUAAAGUUGAACAAGACAUUGACAUUAAUGGUAGGAUUGUGAAAUUAAAAUCUUUUCUGUAAAAGGUUUAUACCUUCAGCCAGAAUGAAAUCCAAGAGGAUGUCACGUACACCUAUGCGGAAAGCGGUUGAACUCCAUUGUGGUCAUGAAUGGCAGCAAGAAGAGAUUGAGUGCUCUGUUCUGUCCUGUGCCAAGGGAGUAGAGCUGGGAGGCAGGCACCUCUCUGGAGUGCAGGAAGGAGCAGGACUUGUACAAGAGCCUAACAUGAAAACAAGUGCUGUUGCAAUACAUAUCUCAGCAAGUGCAUUUUCCAAGUGCGCUUUUCAGCUAAAGGCAAGGAGUUUCUGCAGCAGGAUAAGACAUAGAGGGUUAAAUCAACUGAUAUUUGCUAAAUUACCAGGGGCUAAUAGCAGAUGAAUGUUCAGGAAGGAGAGGGAGGCAACUACUGAAACGUGAUUUUUAAGAAUUAUCCAUUAAUCUCAAAUUAACCCACAGCAACACGGAAUGGAAUGAGGGGAAAUGAGAAGCCACUCUUGCCAGCGAGCGGCCCCUCUUCCCAUUGAUUCCCAAGCCGUGCGUCAGGUGGACCUGGGAGGCAAGGCAAGGGGAAGAGGCGCAGGACCAGGCAGCGCUGGGUGGCUCUGUGCCUCUGCACGCACCUGCCAGGCUGGGCGAAGAUGUGCCAAGAGCCCUCCCCUGGUCACAUGGAGAUACUACUGCAAAACAUGCCCGGAAUAAGAUUUUCUUGGCAUCGGUAUAGGAAAUCAGUCUGAGCGGAGUGAUUUUGCUGCAAUGGCUUAGCUCUAAUGUCCAGAGAGAAUUGUUCUUCAUUAAACGUGUAUCUCUCUCUCUGCAGAGUCUGUACUGUAACAUCAGACUGACCACUAAAGAAGACGCUCUUCUUCUCCACAGUCGGCUACAGAAAUAAGGAGAAACGUAUUUCACUCUGAACCUUAGAGAGCUAGUUGAUAACAGCCAUAUUCUCUCAAAGACGGAUAGAUUGCAUUAUCUGUGAUAUUCCAGUCCUUACAAAGCCAAAUAAAAUGUGUAAAAGUUCCUAGUAUUUCAAAGACGCAAGUAUGUAAACUUGAUGUUAAAUGUGUUAAUGUAGUACUCUAAAUUGUAUCAGUUAGGUAGCUUAACUAAACAAUUAGAAGAACUAGAUCAACAAAAUAGGGGCUGCUGUUCUGCGUAGAAUACACACACCUAUAACUACACCCAUAUACACGUUCUGUGAAUUGUCAGCAAGAAAAAAGCCCAGCGGCAGAGAAUCACAUUUCCUGGCUAACGCAAAAGAUUGUCAUUAUCUUUCUUGUUUUAAUUUGAGAUUGUACAGUGCAAAGGGUUUGGUUUUUUUUUUAAUUACGAUUUUUAGCUUUAAUUGUGCUGUCAUUCAUGAAACAGAGCUGCUUUAGUAUCCUGUUAAGAGAUGACAAGGGCUUUUGGUGUCUCAUUAUAUACAAAAGAAAAACAAAUAAAGUUACAUUCCAUGUUA